UUUCAGAGCACAGUGGUCCUGCUUUUUGUUUGCACUGAAAGGUAGUGCAGCCUGGUGGUUAUGAGCAGGGUCUCUACAUCCAGACUGCCUGACUGCCUAUAUUAGCUCUAGGUCUAGUUAGUCAGGUGACUUUGGGCAUGCUACUUCAUCUCUCUAUACCUGUUUCCUCAUCUGUACAAUGAAGGCACUAAUACAGGUCCACAGUCCCUUAUCUAAAAUUCUUGGGGCAUUAUGUUUCAGUUCAGAUAUUUCAGAUUCUAGGAGGGCUAUAUGGUGUGUAUAACACAAGCUAAGUAGAACACCAGUGGGGCGGGGGUCUGAGGGGUGCUAACCAAAUACAUUAAUAUUUCUGUAGUGAAAGGAAUGAGAAGUUGAAGUAAGUUGAACAGAAACUAUAAACUAGCUUAUCUAUAUUGAGAUUCGGUUUUGCUGCUAAAUGAGUAGUUAUAAAUCCUCUUUUGGUUUCACAGUUUUCUGGAUUCUGGAAACCUACAGAGACUGUGGACCUGUAGUACCUACCUCUAGGAUUGUUGGAAGGUCUGGGUUCUUUGCCCUGACAUCCCUUCGUCUUGUGUUUUUACUUGCAUUCAGUUCAAUGAUCAUUGUGUGUAUAGAUCAAUGGAAGAACAAAAUCUGGCCUGAAAUAAAAGUGCCAAGACCCGGCGUGUUAGACAAUGAGAGCUGGGGUUUUGUGCACCCUCGGUUGCUCAGCGUGCCCGAGCUCUGCCACCACGUAGCUGAAGUCUGGGUUAGUGGGACCAUUUUCAUAAGGAAUCUUUUGCUUUUCAAAAAGCAAAACCCAGGCAAGUUCUGCUUGCUGAGCUGUGGGAUACUGACCUUUUUGGCUGUCUUGGGCCGCUACAUCCCUGGGCUCCUGCUCUCCUACUUAAUUCUUGUCACUGUCAUGAUGUGGCCCCUCGCUCUGUACCACCGACUGUGGGACCGAGCGUACGUACGGCUGAAGCCCGCACUGCAGCGGCUGGACUUCAGCGUUCGUGGCUACAUGAUGUCCAAGCAGAGAGAGAGACAAUUGCGGCGCAGAGCUCUCCACCCAGAGCGUGCUGCAGACAACCACAGUGACAGCGAGGAGGAGCUUGCUGCCUUCUGUCCUCAGCUGGAUGAUUCCACUGUUGCCAGGGAACUGGCCAUCACAGACUCCGAGCACUCGGAUGCUGAGGUCUCCUGUACAGAUAACGGUACAUUCAACCUUUCACGGGGCCAAACACCUCUAACAGAAGGCUCUGAAGACCUAGAUGGUCACAGUGAUCCAGAGGAAUCCUUCGCCAGAGACCUUCCAGACUUCCCUUCCAUUAACGUGGAUCCUACGGGCCUGGAUGACGAGGACGAUACCAGCAUUGGGAUGCCCAGCUUGAUGUACCGGUCCCCGCAGGGGGCCGGGGAGUCUCAGGGCCCCCCUGCCAGCCGGGAAGAGGCUGCACUGCCGGAGCUUUUGCUUGGUGCCCUGCCUGCAGGAUCCAACCUCACCAGCAACCUUGCUAGCCUGGUUUCGCAGGGCAUGAUCCAACUGGCCUUGUCAGGGGCCUCCCAGCCAGGCCCUUCUGGCCUACCUCCCCGGAGAGCCACCAGAGGUGUCCUCAGGGCACCCAGUUCAGACCUGGACACUGAUGCUGAGGGGGAUGACUUUGAACUUCUGGACCAGUCAGAGCUGAAUCAGCUGGACCCUGCCAGUUCCAGGAGCCACUGAGGAGAGACUUCCUUUGGGGGGGGUCACUGUGGUUUAAGUUUUUUUUCUCCCCAUUCCACUUAAGGUGAAGGGGCAAGGGAAGAACCCAGGUCCAACCCUCUGAAUUAUAUAGUAUGCACGGUGGCCUGGCUGAUGCUCAGAGGCCUACUCAGAGAGGAUACUGACUCCCUUGCUAUCAGCUAGAUGCUGAUAUCUGAGCUCAAGUCACCGAAGUGAGAGUGUGCUCCCCUGAGGGACACUUCUCUCCAUCAGGAUGGUGGUACUUUUGGGGAACAAAGUAGUCAGGGGUAUUGGUUCCCUUUUGAGGGGAUGCUGCUGUGUGCUUCUAGGUCUGGGUGGUCAGAGGCCCUCAGUGAAUAGAUCCCUUCCCUUCCUCCAUCCGUUUAUCAUCUCCGUAGAGCUCCAAGUCAGGCAGCUGGAAGAGUUUUAGUGUCCUCUUUUGCUAAGCCAUGGUUGAUUUGCCUUUUUCUAAGCAAACUUGUCCUUUGGUUCUGCAGAGCAGGCCUGUUCCCCUUGCCUCAGCCCAUCCUCAUUUCUUGAGGCCUACCCCCUAGUGCUCCAGAAUCUUGCUUGUGAAGUUUUAGAAUGUGAACAUGAGGUGUGGGUGGGCCUCUUCCACAUUACUUUGGGCUGUGGGGUCAGUGGGUUGGGAGGGUGAACGCCUCUGUAGCUCCCAGACUCACUCACUGUUUUGGAGCUGCCUGGUUAUUUUUGGUGCUGCUAACCCCUGGCUCCAUUUACCCAUCAGCCUGAGCAACGAGCAUAGCAAUACCAUACCAUUCCAUACCAUUUCUGUGUUCCCGUUCCUUCCCCUGCUCCUCCUUUGGAGAAGCAAUAAUCCCACACAGGCGAUGUCAGAGUAGCACUUUACAGACGGCUCAGUGGCAUUCAUCCCAGGAGCCACCGGCUCUUGCACCAGCUCUUCUUACCCUUUGUUCAGCUCCUUUAAUAAUUUUGUUUUCAACUGCCCAGUUAGCAAGAAUCUGUAAUCAGCAGAAACCCCUGUAUGGGGUAUCUAUAUUCUACUGGCCCUAGUAAAAAUCAUGUGAGACAAAAACAAAAUGAUCACCAGUUCUAAACCCAUGCCUCCCCAAUCAGAGCUCAAGCCAAAUUCUCCUAAUCAUCUAUCCCUCCACAUAAAUUAACCCUUUGCUGAUCCUCAGGGACCACUCCCUCCAACACCCUGCACCUGGGUGAUGGAUGUUGGACAGAGCCCGUUUUCACGUGCUGCAGGUGGGAGUGUGCUAACGUGUUUGCUCUUUGUUGAUGGACAAGGUAGAGGCCAGGGAGUAAAAAUAGUCAACGGUGAGAGGAGAGAAGAGCUGGGUGUCGGAUUCAGUCACUUCCCUUUGUGUGAAGUUUAGAGUAACAGCCUCUCCCUCGCUUUAGGCUUCUCAGACUUUGGACACCUCUCUUCUCAGAGCCCAGAUGUCUUACAGGUGAGCUCUGAUGCGGAAGAAAACAGGAGGUGUGGGAAAGGAGUGGGAUUUUGUGCGUUUGCAUGAGUGUGUGUAGCUUCAGGCCUUGGGAGUUGGCAGGAGGGAGAAAAGGAAGGAGAGCAAAAUCUUUGGAAGGUGUGUUUUGUACCUGCGGAUCCUGCUCUGAAUCUCCUUAGUCCUCCACUGUGAAUCCGGAUGGGGAUGAGGGUGGGAGGGGUGCUGGGGAAUAAAUCUUGUAUGAGAACAACUUU